GUUGCUAUCUACUAACGCUUGGGUCUUCUAGUCCCCCUUUUCGACGAACUGCCCCCAGCGGGCCUACGAAUGCAUGAUUAGCACACUGAAGAAAUUUCCUUGGUACAUGCCACAACAUAUCACGAUCAAGCAGCGACAUAUCACUUACAGCACCACGGCCAAGAUGAUCCAAGUGCUGUCGGCGAGGCUGAGGAAGGGCUCGUCGGAUGUCCAUCUAGACGCGCUGCUCCUCGACCGCCUCGUUAAGGCGGCCAUGUCGUGCCCCGGCUUCACCGUGUCCCAGAAGGACGGCAUCGCGUACCUGGCCGACAUGUCGGACAGCCAGGCCAUGGAGUUCAACGUGCCCCGCUUCGCCGACAAGUGGUGCCACCAGUACGUCCUGGGCCCCAAGCCGGGCGUUCCUGCAGACGUCCUCGAGGUAUUGUGGCCCUCCCCGGACCUAGACGUGCUUGCGUGCUGACCCGCGACCCAUCCGCAGUAUUACAUUACGCUCAUCCGCGAGGAGACGGAGCAGACGGUGCAGAAACUGCCCAUGCCCCGCCGGCAGCUGGUGCAGAACCUGGGCUCGCACACGUCCGACCACUGGGGCUACUUCUGGUGCGAGCUCAACUACCCCAUCGGCCCCGUUUUUGACGCUAUGAGUCUGGCCGACGCCGGCCGCCACGAGUGGGCCGCGGUCGAUCGUGUCCUUCGCCGCGCCCUGAGCGGAGGCCCGCGUCCGUCGUAUUAGGCCGCCCGCACCACCUGACUUCACCCGCACCAAUAUAGCUGUAGAUUUUGGGCGUAGUCCCGGAUGCGGGGGACGUCCGGAUGGGUAUGUGAGCCUGGCUUAUCGGCUUGUUUGUUACCUGGUAGCCCAAUAUCCUCUAUCCUGCGGCAUGAGACUCCUGUGCUCCUAGCACCUCCCCCCAAAUUCCGAUCCCGGCGCGGCGGAAUGCUGAUGGGAACGUAGUAUCUAUCGGCUAUUAGCAGUGCAAUCUUGCUGUCGC